AUGUUGAGCUCUUUGUUCGCAUUUGCGUCAUUUUGGUGGACUAUACUGGACACAGACAGACAGAUAGCCAGGCUCACUACAUGUAAACCCCCAUUAGGAGACAUCCUGCAGAGAGGAGGAUCGGCAGUAGAUGGAGCCAUUGCUGCGUUACUGUGCACCUCUGUCAUCAACCCACAGAGUAUGGGCAUUGGCGGGGCCAGCCAAUGGAUUGGUGUCCCUGGAGAGAUCCAUGGGUAUGAGCAAGCCGACUGGCUGUUUGGGAAACUCACCUGGGCAGGCUUCUUCCAUACCACCAUCAAGCUGGCCAGAGAGGGUUUCCAUGUACCCCAGGUCCUGAGCCACUUCAUCCCACUGAUCAACAGGGAUGAGACUCUACCAUUACGUCAGUUGUUUCUAGAUAAGGAUGGAAACCAGCUGAAGGUUGGAGACACUGUGAAGUUUGACAAAUUUGCUGACACAUUGGAGAUAGUUGCAAACCAAGGGGCAGAUGCUUUUUACACUGGAAAAGUAGCGGAGGAUUUAAUAACUGACAUUGAUUAUAAGAAUGUGGAGAUUGAAAGCCUCAUGGAGACCAGACAACAUGCAUUCCCACCUCCUUAUUACAUUUUACUUUUGUCUAUAGAACACACCCUAAACUCAGCUUCUCUGAUGGGAGAGCAAAUACUCUAAUUAACCUAUCAACGCUACACCGAAGCUUGUAAGUUUUCCAACGGACUAAGGAAGUACGUCCGUCCAUUUCCUUCCUUUGACCAGAGAGCACUUAAGUUCACUGAGCAGCAGUUUGCUGACCACUUCAGGGCCAUGUUUAGCGGUGAUGAGACCCAUGAUGCCCAGUACAACAUAGUCACUCCAUACCUGGACACCAUGGGCACCACACAUGUGUCUGUGAUGGCUGAGGACAGAACUGCUGAGUCUGUUAUCUGCACUAUCAACCACAUUGAGCAGCCUCCUUCCUCCAUGUCCGCUGUUGUUUUGCAGUCCAAGUACAAAACCCUGGUGAUUGGCGGGUCGGGUGGCAGCAUGAUCACCACAGGGAUGGCCUUUCCAGGUAUAAAGCGAUCUGUAACAGAAACCCCUGGCACCCCGCUGCUGCUCCAUCGUACUCCCCCGGGGGCGCAAGACGAAGUGCGCCAGAUCCAGACGGAGAAGGGAGCGGAGUAG